AUGCACAGAACUGUUAGACGAGCAGUUAUAAUCGGAAAUGGCUUCGCCGGAGCUGAGAAUCAGUGCUAUGGAUUAAUUCGAGCUUUGGGCCUAUUUAAUCGGCAUUCUUUUUAUCGUGUUCGUAGGCCAAAAGAUGGGAUCAGUAAGUGGCUUAAUUGGCUCCCUGUUUCUACCCACAAAAGAUUAGACCAAUUAAAAAGGCAACUCUAUGAUCGACAGUUCAUAUUUUCUGGUCAUGGGCAGAAGGCUGCUGCAAGAUUAGAUCAAUCAGAUAUCCAAGAAGCUGAUGCCCAACUAAUUGCAACCAAUGCUAGUGAGAAUUUUGAGAAAGAUGGUCCAUUAUUGGUGGUUGCAUCUGGCCGAGAUACCAUCUCUGUUGCAAGUUCGAUUAAACGGUUAGCUCCACAUCAUGUUUUCAAUAUACAGAUACAACACCCACGGUCACAUCUGAAUAGGUUUGAUUUGGUGAUCAGUCCUUGUCAUGAUUAUUAUCCUUUGACUCCUGAAGGGAAGAAACACAUUCCUUGGUUUCUUCGUAUGUGGAUUACUCCUCGUCAACCUCCUGGAAGAAAUGUGGUCCUCACACUGGCAGCCCUUCAUCAAGUUGAUUCAGCUGCAGUACAGAGUGCAGCCUCAGCCUGGCAUGAUGAGCUGGCAUCAUUGUUGAGACCCUUGCUUGUGAUCAACAUUGGAGGACCUAUUCGUCACUGCAGAUAUGGUGCCGAUCUUGCAAGGGAGUUAACGGCAUCAUUAAUAAAUGUUCUUCCAACUUGUGGGAGUGUUAGAAUUUCAUUUUCUAGGCGAACACCCAAACAGGUGUCUGAGAUUGUGGUAAGGGAAUUUCAUAACCAUCCUAAGGUUUAUAUCUGGGAUGGCGAAGAUCCAAAUCCACACAUGGGACAUCUAGCUUGGGCUGAUGCUUUUGUCAUCACUGCCGAUUCAGUGAGCAUGCUAAGCGAGGCUUGCAGUACUGGAAAGCCUGUUUAUGUAAUUGGAGCCGAGAGGUGCACAUGGAAGUUUGCAUACUUCCAGAAAUGUCUGCAAGAAAGAGGGAUAGUGCGACCGUUCACUGGGAAAGAGAAUAUAAGUGAAACAUGGAUCUAUCCUCCACUACGAGACACAGCGGAGGCCGCUGAGCAUGUGAUUGAAGCACUUGCUGGGCGGGGCUGGAAAUUGCAUACAUGAUGGGGUCAUAAUUAUUAGCUUAACCGACGAAUAAAGCUUCAGUAUUCAGGUUCCUCGCAAGGUUUGAGUCCCUCUAAAGCCAUUGGAGAUUAUUGGUUGUUCUUAUGGGAUUAGUCAAUGUGUCUGCAAGUUGGCUCGA